AAGUGAUAGCUAUGAAAUUUUACUUAUUUUAUACAACAGGAGAGUAGUAAGUGUGAUACUCGCUUCCGUUCAUUUACGACAACAAGGCAGUUGUUGCCGAAACGUGGCAAACAGGAUCCAACAGACUUAACAGGCUGAAACUAAUUGGAGUUACUGUAAGAACCAGAAUGCAUCAUUCCAGCUGAAAUAUUCAGAUGAAGAAGUAAACAAAAUUUUCUAUUGAAUAUACAUUCAAACCUGAGAAAAAGCAUUUCACAUGAAGAUGGCUACAUUAGAUGCUCCCGAACCAGUGAAUUUAGUCCGCUCCAUUUUUCUAUGCAAUUUGUUUAAUUUCUUCUUGGCUGCAAGUAAAGCUUGUUUGAUUCCAUUUCUCACCAUCUAUCUGAAGAGACUGGGACUAUCUGCAACUCAGACUGGGCUUAUCAUUGGAGCAAAGACUCUUAUAGGACUUGUGUUUGCACCACUCUGGUCAAAAUGUGCUGUACGUUGUGGCAGGAGACGCUGUGUGCUGAUGUUUUCAAUAUUUAUAAUGGCAGUGACAUACCUGUCUCUUACUGCAGUUCCAAGUAUUGAUGAAGAGGCAUUCGCUGCCCAGUGCGCAAAUACAAAAAAUAACUUUAAUGUAUCCCAGAUAGCAGACAAUUUCAGUAAACAGACAACAGCAAAACCGGCAUUGACAACAUCAGUUAAACCAGCACUGACACUUCUUCCAAAUGCCAGCACUGAAAAUACUGGUGGUAUCACUCAACCUGCAGGUAGUAAUGUAACAGGUACAAGUUCGAAAAAUGUCACCGACCUUGUUGUAAUAGGUACGAGCAGUCCUAGUGAAAACGUGGAAGGCAAAACAACAAAAACUGAAGUAAAUGUCAUGACAACAGUUUCAACUUCAAAAAGUACAACAGUAGCGCCAACUACAACUGCACAAAUUCCUCAAGACCAAAGGACUGAACAGUUGCUGAGAAAUAUUUUAGUAGGCGUUGGGAUGCCAGAAAAGAAAAUACGAAAGCUCAAUUCAGAUGAAUUAAUGGAACUCAUUAAUGACUUAAUUGAUACUAAAGCUGGUGAAAAGCUGUUUAAUGAAGCUAUAGAUAAAUUAUCUCCUGAAGACAAAGCAAUUUUAGCUGGUUUGUCAAGACGUAGAAAGAGGGCUGUUGAUGCAGAUAAAGAUUCCGGUAGCGAUUCUGAUACAGAAAAAGACGAGGGUUCAGAAUCGGCAUGGAGAUCUUUCAGGAAGAAAUUGGUGCAGCAGUAUGGUGAAUUCCGUGAUCAUAUACGAGCUACGGAGAAUGAAAUGUUCGUUGUGGUACUUGUAAUUUUGAUGGUGGGAGAAUCGAUAUGUUGUCCGAUAGAAAAGUUAGCAGAUGAUGGUUGGUUCGAGUUUCUUGAGAGCAUUGAUGAUAUGGAGAAAUACGGCAUGCAGAGAAUAUGGUCUACAUUGGCCUAUAUUUUGGUUCCAGUAAUUGUAACACUGAUUGUCGAUAACACUAACUGUCUGUUCGGUCUGUCGAUUCACCCCUUUAUGCUACAUUUUUACCUGUUUGCGGGGUUCCUUGGGUUAACGUUCCUGCUUGCAUUUUUUUACCCGAUGGUUACAUCAGAAAAGUACAAGUAUGCCAGUAAAGUGAUGAAGGGAAUGAGAGUUGUCUGCUGUAACAUGAGAAGCCUUAUGUUCACAGUAACUUUGUUGAUUAUGGGCGUGAUAUAUUCCAGUUACUACAAUUUCUUGUUUUGGUUACUGUUUGAUAUGGGAAGUAAGGAGGUCACAUUUGGUGUCUGUAUUAUGAUCGCCGCCUUGUCUGAGAUUCCCAUGUUGCUGUUCAAUGAUAGGUUAAUUAAGAAGGUUGGGAAUGGAGGAGUUAUUGCCAUUUCCCUCCUGAUUUUGUCAGCUAGGUGUCUCUAUUAUUCGUUCUUACCUACACCAUGGGCGGUCAUUCCUGCUGAAGUAACUCACGCAUUCACUCACACUGCCAUGUGGUGGGCAGUUCUGAGCAGUCCUUCCUUCAAUACUUCACCAGCUUUAAGUAGAAGCAUCAGGUCAAUCUUGUCUUCCAUUUACUUUGGCCUUGGCUUUGCAUUUGGCAGUAUCAUUUCUGGAGUUAUUUACGAGAAUUAUGGGCCAGCAAUUUUGUUCCAAGCUGGUGCAGUGCUGUCUGUAGGCUGGUUCCCAGUUCUGUGUUUAGGUGUGCGAUGUUGUAAGGAGAAAGAUAGAAGCCAUGUUAAAUAUACACGUCUCCUAAACUCCGACGAUGCAAGUGAUGAUUCUGACUCAAUGGAAGAUGAUUGGUUGGAACAGGCGCUGAAAGAUCGGUAGAGACUGUCACUUAGGAAAUUUGACAAAUGUACAGUACACAUUAAUCAUUAUGGUGGAUCUGUUUCAGAGAUUUAAUAUCUGAAUACUUCUAUGGAUGUAAUUGUGGUGAUACUCUGCAUUCCAAAUGGUGUUUACAUUCCAUUUAGAGUUUUAGGUUGUGUUAGUUACUGAUUUCCGAAUUGUGUAAUAUAUGUAAUGAUAUGAGCUUGAUUGCUGUUUUGUCAUUGCUUGCUCUUGCUUUGCUACAUUCCAGAGUGACAUUCUUGCAUACCAAAUUGGGAGUUUCCUCCGUGCUAGAAAACUUGCAUCUUACACUGGGAGGGAAGGGGAUG